AUGCCGCCAUGGGUGGGCCACCAUACUGAGGAUCCACCAGGGCCUGGCCUGGAUCCGCGCCGCCCCGCCAUGGAUCCACCCGGCCUCGGCAUGGAUCUGCGCCGCCGAGCGCUGCGGAACCGGAGCAAUGGUUCAUCCUGGGCCGCGUCGUCCUCGAGCAGGCACGGCGCCAAUGCCUUGGUUGACCCUAACCUUGACCUCAAGCUACCGCUCGACAGGCCGCCGCCGCGCAUCACCAGCCUCACCGCGCUCACGAGGGUUGGCGUCGUCCGCGGCCAGCUCUCCAUCGUCGCCACCAGCAACAAGGACCUCCUCCUCCACGAGCUCGAGAGGCCCUCGGAGCCCAACAACCCGAACAUCUUCUUCCUGGCGGUCGGGAUCGACUUCAUGCCUGAUGAGCUGGCCGCCGCCGCCGGACGCAGCGUGUUCGACGUCACCGCCACGCGCCUCCUCAACCGCACCCCCGGAUUGCCCCACUUCUCCGGCGUCAGGAACGUCGGCUUCCUCAGUCGCCGCGGCGGCAACGGCACGUACGUGGUCGCGGAGCUCCAGGCCACCGAUCGCCAACCGGACAACACCGUCCCCUUCAUCACCUGCCGCUCUCACCAGGACCCGGAGAACGACACGUUGGAGUGGGAGUGGAACCAGACGUAUCUCAACUGGCCCGUCCUCGACGACGAGGCCAACCCGCAGUGGACUACCCACGACGUGAUCGCCCACGACAAUAAGCUCUGGUGGGUCAACCUCUCGCGGGGUCUCGUCGCCUGCGACCCGGCCCCGGUCCAACAACUACUGCCGACGCUGGAGUUCGUGGCGCUCCCGGUCCUCGCCGGGUUCGAGGACAGGCACGAGCCGCCGGCGCAAAUCGACAGGUACCGCAUCGUGGGUGUGAGCGCCGGCGGGAUGCGGUUCGUGGAUGUCGCUCGCAGGCGCAACGAUCCCGAGGGAGAGACGCGGGUGGUCGUCUGGACGCUGGACUUGCCACAGUUGGAUGAGUUGAUCAUCAACGCCAGGUGGGAGGGACAACCCCAGGCAGACGACGCUGGCGAACAUCUGGAACAGCGCCAACUACGUGCCGAUGCCGAGGGGGAUCCCCGUGGUCGCGCUUGUGCACCCCAACGAGCCCGCCGUCGUCUACUUCUUCCUGGAGCAGUACGUCUUCUCCGUCGACGUGAAUCAAAGCGCCGUCGUGCACUUCGCGGUGAUGCCGGAGGACGGCGUGCCACGGCCGAUCAACCGGCGAGACGUUCUCGCUUGGAAGCGCCCUCCCUUCAAAACAGUACGGUACUACUAUAG